GACCACAGAGUGUGUCUCCGAUGAUCGACUUCCGGCUGGUGUCUAGAGCCACGGGAGAGGUGCUGCCGGGCAGACCAGGUUCAUUCCCAUUCAGGUUGGAAAUUGCUGCUGAACAGAUCAGGACUUCUCACAAAUCAAUUCAGAUUCCAGUACAUCCAUGAAAAAUACUGUUAAAGACUAAUUUUGGCUUUCAAAUUCUCACACGAUGGACAAGAAAAUAGAUCCAAUAUUAAACCUUACCCUGGAAAUCAUCUAUCUGCGGACUGGAGAGGAUUAUAUGAUUGUGAAAAAACCCAGUGACCCAAUCUCACCCAGCAGCAGCAAUCAGCACGUGUCAGAGAGUUUCUCCAGGAUGCAGAGCCCCAGAACGGUGCCACUGCCUUACCCCUUGGUCCAUGAGAAAAACAAUGAGCAGAAGAUCCUGGAAUUGACCAAUAAGAUCAUUGAGCUGCUGACCAGAGAGGUUCCUAUACGGUGUGAGGAUGUCACUGUCUAUUUCUCCUUGGAGGAGUGGGAGUAUAUAGAAGGACAUAAGCAUCUCUACAAUGACAUCAUGAUUGAGAACCAACAGCACCUCGGCUCAGAUGAUGGGUAUAUAGGUACAAAUAAAAAGAGAAGACGUAAGAGCCCUAUCUUUUUUCCAGACUACUUAUUUGAAGAACCUUGUGUAAUUAAAAGUAAUGUAAGAGAAAGGUGCUUGAGCAUCUGUAAACCCAAAGAGAUGUAUCAUAUAUCCGGGAGAAAUAUGACCGGAGAUUCACCAUUGUGUAAUAAAUCAAAUCUUAUGAAUCCCAAGAUUUCUAUACACACAGAACAUCCAUUUGGUUAUAUUCAUGAAAUUCCAGCAUCUUGUAAAGAAAAUAAUCUCACAGACAUUUAUAUAGUUACAGAUCAUGCACAGACAGAAUAUCCAUCUACCCAUAUUAAAGAGGAACCAGCCUCAUGUGAAGAAGGAAAUCUCACUGACAUUUCUACACCCAUCGAACAUCCACAGACACAAUACCCAUCUAUUCCUAUUAAGGAGGAACCAGUCUUAUGUGAAGAAGGCAAUCCCACAGAUAUUUCUAAACCCACCGAACAUCCACAGACACAAUACCCAUCUAUUCCUAUUAAGGAGGAACCAGUCUUAUGUGAAGAAGGCAAUCUCACAGAUAUUUCUAAACCCACCGUACAUCCACAGACACAAUACCCAUCUAUUCCUUUUAAGGAGGAACCAGUCUUAUGUGAAGAAGAAAAUCUCACAGAUAUUUCUAAACCCACCGAACAUCCACAGACACAAUAUCCAUCUAUCCCUUUUAAGGAGGAACCAGUUUUAUGUGAAGAAGUAAAUUUCGGCAACAUUUAUACCUCCAUGGACUAUAGAAAGCCAGAAUAUCCAUUUUGUGUUAAAGAACACAUUAAAAUGAACAGAAAUUACCAGAAUAAUGACAUGUUAAUCCAAAAAUGCAAUGAAAUUGGUAAUAAUGGAAUUCUAAAAACUGAACCCACAUCUUACCAAAUGGUUUAUAAAUCAGAAUUUCAUAAAAAUGAGAUUCAAGAAGGAGAGAAACAAUUUUCUUGCUCUGAAUGUGGGAAAUGUUUUGGGCAGAAGAAAGAUCUAAACAGACAUCAGCAAAGUCAUUUGGGGAGGAAGCCAUUUUCAUGUCCUGAGUGCCUAAAAGGUUUUACCCAAUCUUCCAAUCUUAUCACACAUCAGCGAAUUCACACUGGCGAGAAACCAUUCUCUUGCUACCACUGUGGGAAAUGCUUUGCACAAAAAAGUGAUUUGAACAGGCACUUGAAAAUCCACUCAGGAGUAAAGCCAUUCUCGUGCUCUGAAUGUGGAAAAUGUUUCACCUUGAAUGCAUAUCUUGUUACUCAUCAGAGAAUACACACAGGGGAGAAACCAUUUUCUUGUUGGGAAUGUGGGAAAUGUUUUGGACAGAAGAGUGUCCUGAAUCGUCAUUUGAGAAUUCACAGGAAAGAAGCCAAUUGCUUUCUUUUAAUGCUAGAAAAUCUGAAUUCAAAAUAAAACAUAUUCAUACUGUA